UUACCUGUCUGCAGAAGUAUAUCAGACUUGCAGGAUGGACAGGAAAACAUUUAUUAAGCUUGAUCUGAAUGAAGAUAAACAAGUUUACCUGCUGACAUCUCUAGUGGAUGAAGAUCAACCUCAUUGUAAAUUUAAACUGACACUCAGUGAUGGAUGCAGAGCCUGGAUGGGACAAGUGACUCAGAUCAACAUUGGAGACCCAGCUCAGAAAAGUAAGAAAUAUCUUCCGGAGUAUCAACGACAGACUGUUGAAGCCUUCACAGGGGAGACAACUAAUGAUAAUGAAUAUCGGUUCUCACUUAAACAUCAAGCUAAUGCUGUGGAACUGUCCUGGAAAAGAAAUGUACCAUCAAAAGAAAUAGCCAUUCGGCUGGGUACAGUAUCUCUGAAGCUAUGUUCCGAUGAGAAGAGUCAAGAAGUCAUAACACAAAUAUUUCAGUUCUGUAUUGACCAGACUGGUCAAUUCAAAGACCAGAUUCGUACACUAAACAUUGACAAUGAAAACCUCGCACAAGAGCGUGUUAAUGCUUUGAAGAGGUUGGAGAAGUGUGUUGUUGCGAAAGAAGAAUUGGAGAAGGACUUGUACUCAAAGUUUGUUGCAGUACUGAACGCUAAAAAGGAGAAGAUACAAAGGCUGAAAGAUCAAUUAGAAAAUGGAGGCCCUAUACCGGUUGUUUCAGAUAGCGAGGAGGAGCCGUCAGCCAGUACCUCUGGGACAACAACGGCAAGUGUUGUGUCAGCUCGUAAGAGGAAAACUGCUGAUGAAAGUGAAGGUGAUACAUCAGAUGAGAAUGUGACACCGUCUCAGUCAACGCGAAAGAAAAAGAAAGUUACCAGACCGAGAAAAGUGGAUGACGAUGAUGGGUUAGUACUGGAGGAGAAGGAGGAUACUGUCAGUGGAUCUGGUGUGGUCAGAAGGCCUAGACGACCUCCAGGAGGAAACAAAAAACAGACGCCAUCAAAACCAGUUCUACCUAGGCUGAAUUCAGAUAGCUCAAACAGUUCUGGCAGCAACAGGAGGUCAAGAAUAAGGAAGUCAACAUCAGGCCGAUCCAAUCGUUCAUCAGACAAUGUAGAUAUUGACGAUUUACUGGACGAUAUGUAGAGAUGUUUUAGUAGUUAAACAGUGAUUGAUACUUAAUAAUGUAAUGCAUUUUAGAUGACUAUGAAUCCAUGUCUGUAUCAGGAAAAUUGUCAUAAAUCAUCACGAAAAUUAAACCACUAUGUCACCAACAGAGUAAUUUUUCUGUGAAGCUUCCAGAUGAAUCUGAAUGGCAUAAUUCUUUUGCAUGGAAAAGCACCUGUCUGAUUAAGAGGCUGAUGAUGUUUUGUUUUGACACUGUAGAGUGAUACAUGUACAAAAUGUUUGGGACGACAUCAACCCAUACUAAAGUUAUCAAUAUAUAAUUAUGCAUUGUAAAUUUAGAUGGAAUAUUGAAUUAUGAUAAAUACACACAGCUGAGUCUGCUAUUCAAGUUAUUGGUUGUGUAGUUGCUCCACCUUCAGUGGCUGUUUUACAAAUCAUCUGUCUUACAUAUCCGGCCAAUGAGAACAAAAUGAAAUGAAUCAUGGAUAAUUGAUUUCAAUAUUACAUGUUUGUUGUUGUACUUUUAUAUAAUUAUAAUAUAUGUGAUUAUCGGAGGGUUUUGUACCAACUCACAGCAAAAUGCCAUUUUUGUGUGUAUGACUCUCAGAAUGUUUAGUUUGUGAAACUUUGAGGCAGACUAUGUAAAUCAAUAUGAUAGGUACUUGAAAGAUGUAAAUGUACGUAACAUAUUUUAGAGAGAAUGUUGUAUAUUUGGUAGUAUUUUUUUUACUGAAAUAUUAAAUAAAUAAACUUUAAAAAGAA